CCUCAUUAAAAAUUUGCAUGGAUGUGUGAGAUGUGCAGUCUUUGAGGGAAGUGCGCAGUAUGUAACAGUAGGUUGUCGUCCUGCUGUCAAUUCAUAGUAUGCUUAUCAGCAUAUCGCUCUUUGGUUGUAAGAGAGACAAACGGAAAAGAUGAAAAACUCCCUUGUUCAAAUAGUACGACCACAGCCAUAGAGUUCAAGAGAGCAUUGAAUAGCUAUCUAGUCUCUUAUAUCAAACUAGCAUAUCGGCCAUGGAGGUGCCGUCGGCUAAGUCUCGUGUCUAUCGAAGUCCUAUUUCCCGUGAUUACAAAAUCAAGUCUUUCACCCGGUCGCACAAAAAGCUUGGCCGAGGUCACAAUGAGGUUACGGUUUAUAACUGGAAUUGCCAGAGUUAUGGUGCCUACGAUCCUCAUCCCAAUUACAGGGUCAGAAAUCAGGAAUAUACCGAAUGGGAACAGGAAUCUAACCGGUACCUUGUCGAACGCAGCGAGCGCCCAGAGGAAGAAAGCUCUCAACUUACCGCAUACCUUGUUGACUACCAAGAGAGAAAUCCGCUUUCAAAUGCACUUAAUGACUUACCCAUAGGUCCCAAUGCUGAUACCCAGGAUAUUUUUAAUGAGGUAGACGCAAUUACCCAAGCGGAGAGUAACAAUGCUGAGUGGCGGUAUAUUACUGAAAGUGUCAAGAACCUCGAAAAAUUCCACGAUAAGCCCAGGGAAUAUCGCGAUAAGGCACGAGGAAGCCAUCCCCUUGUGAUACAAGGUGAAGCUGCUAUAGACCGAACGUGGCAGCAAGAUUCGCCGGCGACAUCUCAAACAUCUUCACAAAGUAUUGACGAGAACAGUAUUUUUGAUAAUCACAACAAUAAUGGCACACUUAGUUACGGCCUUGGCAACAUAUCCGAAUUCGACCAGAGCGAGUCCCGCGAAUUUAGUGAAGAAAGAACUGAUGAGUAUGGUGGACAUAGCAAUCUUCUCUUCCCUGCCCCGCCAAAGCCCUCUCCGCGGCUGUUAUGUGAGUUCAUAGGUUAUGGAAAGUGCAAGAGGACUUUUGCACCAGUGGACUUUGACGCCUGGGUUGAGCAUAUAACCAACGACCAUAUGCAGGGCCAACUACCAGUGGUGCAUCUCUGCUGGUUCUGCGAUGACUCUGUAUUCCGAGCCGAGAAUCCAAGAGAUGAAGGGAGCAUUAAAGCGAAUUAUGUAGAGAGUUUAAGCCAUAUUCGCGACCAUUUGAUUGAGGAUGGCCUUCAAGCGGAAAAUAUCCGACCUGACUAUGCACUGAACGAACAUUUACGAGCCUCUGGUUUGAUCCCCGACCUUGUAUACCGUCGGGUUCUCGAGUUUACUGAGCUGCCGAAUAUCGUAAAUGGCCAGAGACCUCCGAUUCUCGCUUCUCCAGCGGCACAGCAACAUGAAGGACGUUCACAGUCCAUUUUUAUCGAUUUAGCUAAAGAGAAGAGGCAUUUGAAACAGAACAAGAAAAGCCCAUUACAAGCCCUACACGGACUGGACAACCAAAAAGAUACCCAACUGCGCUCUACAAAAAGAACCUCGGCUUGGAUACUAAUCCACGGAUUACGCAAGCUUUUCUGGCCGCGUUUAAAACGUAACUUGAUACGAGUUAGUUGGACUUGUAGAUGCGGAAAGCCCCUUUUCAUUGAUGUCCAUCCGGGGCAGGAGCAAAAUGCGCUUGAAUUUGCACAAGCCGCGGCGGGAGAAAUAGGACAAAUCCAGAUUUCGCAUAACAAUAGUGAUCAGUCACAGCAAGCGUCAAUUUCGGGCUCCAAUAUAGCCUCAGGGACAAUAAAAGAUAGCUUGAGUACUAGCCACCCUUCUACGCCCUCUCCAACUUUCUGGCGAUCCACUCGCAUGCCACAACCUCCAGAAUUACCACCAGGCACAAAGAGGUUUCUUCUCCUAUGUGUAAAUACCGGGCCAUAUCAAAUUCGACUGGGCCAUAUCGAUUUAACCAACGUUAUUUGGGAUGUAUCGCUCUACUGCCUAAUCCGAGAGAUGUAUCAAUCUAUGCGAGGGCCGCUAGCAAAGAACAUGUUUAUAGUCCCAAAAUCUGUGGAAUAUGUCAAGUUCGAACUUAUCAACCGAAGUAAAACAGGCGAAUGCAUUGGCAAUUAUGAAAUAGAUUCGAUCCCGGGUACAGAGGAGAUAGCUAGGAAAGAGUAUACCUUAUCACCCUACCCGCCCCCUAUUGGCAGGGUGCCAAUACAACCUCAUGUAUUCAUGCAUUCGUUCCUGAACCCAGGAGAUCACCUCGGGGGGCUUUCCGUUCAGCAGCUUCCCAAGAAAUUAGGACGGAAGCUGAAGUGUACAACACAGCCCAGAAACCCUCUUGACAUUCCGUACGGCUGGGGCAUAUAUAUUGUGGAGGGAGUGAAUAUGGUUCUAGUGACACUUCUCUUGGUGGGGGCCCUAGCUCUGCUUACAUUAGUUGUACUACUUUGGAGCACGUUGAGAGGUGACGUCCAGGGCGGGACAGGUAUUGGCCAGUACGGACUUGCUGUUGUUACAGUUGCUACGGGAGCCUUGGCCUGGAAACCUUUGCGAGACAUGUAUUGAACUAGAGCGGGGAGGAUUUGAAGAGUAUUAGCGUCAUAUGACGAAGUAAUACUCCUAAUGCUAACUACUUGACUAGCGAACGCCAGUUUGGACCCUUAUGUUUGGAAUUGCCUACCUUUGCAUUUCUAAAGAUUCUCACGAGUGUGAUCAUAGCACUUAAACGCAAGUUGCUUAAGUGGUU